AUGGCUCUCGCGACGCGUCCGCCGCUCCAGCUCCACGCGCGGCCACCCGCGCUCGCCGUCCGCGUCCUCCCGCCGCGCCGGGCUCGCCGCUUCUGCCGCUGCCGCGCCGUCGCGGACGCGGACGCGGGGAAGGCGAGGAGGGCGUACCCGUACGACGAGAUCGAGCCGAGGUGGCAGGCGCACUGGGAGGAGCACCGCACCUUCCGCACCCCGGACCUCGGCGACGGCCUCGACACCUCCAAGCCCAAGUGCUACAUCCUCGACAUGUUCCCUUACCCCAGUGGCGCCGGGCUGCAUGUUGGGCACCCCCUUGGGUACACGGCGACCGACAUUCUGUCGAGGUUCAAGCGUAUGCAAGGCUUCAACGUUUUGCACCCGAUGGGAUGGGAUGCGUUCGGUCUUCCUGCUGAGCAGUAUGCUAUCCAGACGGGAACCCACCCUAAGUUUACGACUGCACAGAACAUUGACCGCUUCCGCACACAGCUUAAAUCAUUAGGUUUCUCAUACGACUGGGAUCGUGAAAUCUCCACAACAGAACCGGCCUACUACAAAUGGACGCAAUGGAUUUUUCUUCAACUACUGAAAAGAGGACUGGCUUACCAGGCCGAGGUACCGGUUAAUUGGUGCCCUGCUCUUGGAACUGUUCUGGCGAAUGAAGAAGUAAUUGAUGGUGUCAGUGAACGUGGUGGUUAUCCUGUUAUAAGAAAGCCAAUGCGCCAAUGGAUGCUGAGGAUAACAUCUUAUGCUGAUCGACUUCUUGAGGAUCUGGAUGAUCUCGAUUGGCCUGAGAGCAUAAAAGAAAUGCAAAGAAAUUGGAUAGGGAGAUCAGAAGGUGCUGAGCUUGAAUUCUGUGCAGUUGACCAGGAAGGACAUGAUUUAGGUGCUAAAUUGACAAUUUAUACAACAAGGCCUGACACCAUUUUUGGUGCAACAUAUCUCGUUGUGGCACCUGAGCAUGUUCUGUUGCCUUCUCUAACGUCUGAGGAACAACGUGGACAUGUAGAGGAAUACACAGAAGUUGCUACAAGAAAGAGUGAACUUGAGAGAACUGAACUUCAGAAGGAAAAAACCGGAGUUUUCAGUGGUUCUUAUGCUAAGAACCCAGCAACUGGGAAGAUUAUUCCAAUUUGGGUGGCAGAUUAUGUCUUGGGAAGCUACGGCACUGGGGCUAUCAUGGCAGUGCCUGCACAUGAUUCCCGUGACCAUGAAUUUGCCUUGAAAUAUGAACUUCCAAUCAUUAAAGUUGUAAAUCCACCCAAUGGCAAUUGUGAUCCUAAGGAGGCUUAUGCAGAUGAUGGUAUCAUGAUGAACUCAUCCGAUUCUUCAUCUGGAUUAAAUAUCAAUGGCAUGCUUUCCCAAGAUGCUGCUCUAAAAGUUACUGAUUGGGUAGAGAGUAAUGGCUUUGGAAAGAAAAAGGUAAACUACAAGCUUCGAGAUUGGCUUUUUGCUAGACAGCGCUAUUGGGGCGAACCUUUCCCUGUGGUUUACCUUGAUGAUAGCAAUGAAAUGGUGCCUCUUUCAGAAAACGAGUUGCCUUUAACUCUUCCGGAACUGGAUGACUUCACUCCCACUGGUACUGGGGAGCCCCCUUUGACCAAAGCAACAGAGUGGGUUAAAACCACCGAUGUUGUAACUGGGAAGCCUGCAAGAAGAGAAACAAGCACCAUGCCACAAUGGGCUGGCUCAUGCUGGUAUUAUUUGAGAUUCAUGGAUCCAAAAAAUUCCAGCACAUUGGUUGACAAGGCUAAAGAAAGGUGCAUACUUCUUUCAUAUAUGAUCUCCAGAAGGGGAUGCGUGUAUAUUUGGUUUGUAUCAUGCAGUUAUUGGGGCCCCGUUGACAUCUACGUUGGUGGUGCUGAACACUCUGUCUUGCAUUUGCUUUAUGCGAGAUUUUGGCAUAAGGUUCUGUAUGAUAUUGGUGUGGUCUCCACUAAAGAGCCCUUCAAGUGCCUGAUAAAUCAAGGAUUAAUACUAGGGGAAGUUGAGUAUACUGCAUAUAAAGACAGCGAAGGCGGAUGGGUUUCUGCAGAUUCAGACGCAAGUUUGAUUGAUUACUACCAAGAAAAAGUACCUGCAGAAAAGGUCACAAAAAUUGGAGAUCACUUUGUGCUGAAGGAUGAUCCAAACAUACGUCUAAAUGCCCGUGCCUACAAAAUGAGUAAAAGUCGAGGAAAUGUCAUCAACCCUGAUGAUGUGGUUUCAGAAUAUGGUGCCGAUUCUCUCCGCUUAUAUGAAAUGUUCAUGGGACCAUUGAGAGAUUCGAAAACGUGGAGCACAGGUGGAAUUGAAGGCGUGCAUCGGUUUCUAAGUAGGACUUGGAGACUUGUAGUUGGUGCACCAUCAUCGGAUGGAUCAUAUAAAGAUGGAACUAUAGUCACCGAUGAUGAACCAACCUUUGAGCAGCUUCGAGUUCUUCACAAAUGCAUUGCAAGGGUCUCGGAGGAAAUUCAGGAAACUAGAUUUAAUACUGCAAUUUCUGCAAUGAUGGAAUUUGUGAAUGCCGCAUAUAAGUGGGACACCCAACCUAAGUCGGUCAUUGAAUCCUUUGUUCUGCUGCUUUCACCUUUUGCACCACACUUGACUGAGGAGCUUUGGUUUCGCCUUGGACACUCAAAAUCAUUGGCUCAUGAACAGUUUCCAGAGGCAAAAAGUGAUUAUUUGAAGGAAUCAAAGCUUGUACUACCAGUCCAGAUCAAUGGGAAGACUAGGGGUACAAUCCUUGUUGACAAAGAGUGCUCUGAGAAUGAUGCAUUCCAAAUAGCAGCCACAGAUGAUAAACUCUCCAAAUAUUUGGAUGGGAAAGGCAUCAGAAAGAGAAUUUAUGUGCCUGGAAGGAUCUUAAAUGUUAUACUAGAUCAACAAAAGGCUAGGACCUGAUUAUUGCUCUUGAUUUUCCAAUUUCCAUAGAUCUUGCUAUGAAUCCUGGGAGAGUAGUUGAUAGAGAUAAUUGGGACGCCGCAGAUUUGUAAAUUUUCAUUCUUUCUAGCAUUUUUGUACUGUCAUCGAAUACAACUUUUAGUGGAAAUCUGCAGAAGCUUUUUUGAGAAGUGAAA